UCUUGCUCGAUCCUGCAAUGUGCGCCACAUCCAGUACCAUCUGAGUGUAGCAUUGGCCUUUCAAGGUAUAGUCACAUAAACACAACUCUAGUCAGCACUGCUCCCUGCGUCUUUUCAUCCCGCUCUCCGCCCUCACCGAGCAUCUCCGACUUGCUUUUUCCUUGACAAAGUCUUCUUUACUGGCCCAUGAUACCCGCCACAGUACGCCUCCAGCUGUUCUUUUGACCAACCUCGCCUACAACUGGUAAACACGUCAGACGGACUGCAUUGUUGAGCCUGCCGUGCGACACGCCUGCCGAUCAAACCUACUGCUCACGCUUUCCUGGAAGAACCACUCCUCCCCGUUUGAGUACAUGGAUAUAUACGUUGCUUCUUGACCUCGCGAAAACCUUAGAUUGUUGCACAUACCAAAAGACAAAGAAAAGAAAAGGAAAAUUAUCACCACUAAAUCAUCAUCAUGUGUCGCUGGUUCGCCUACAUCUCUGCUACGGAGCCAUGCCUCCUAUCUGAUGUCCUCAUAACUCCCGCCAACAGCAUCAGCAAGCAGUGUUCCGAGCAUUAUCUGCCUAAGCUUCUCCCACACAAUGACGACAAAGAUCUUCAUGACGCCCCCGACGAGCUUAUGCGUAUGCGAAACUCGCUCUUGAACAUGGAUGGCUUGGGCAUUGCAUGGUACACUGAGGCCACUUCCUCAUAUUUGAAGCAUGUAGAAGGCCCACGCCCAGCCCUAUACAAGUCACAAUCUCCACCCAUCAACGAUUUCAACUUCAAGUCCCUCUGCCAAAACACCGAGGCGAAAUGUGUGUUUGCCCACAUUCGCGCCACCAGCGGUAGCGUAGUGACCCAAGUUAACUCGCACCCGUUUGUUUUUGGUCGUCAUGUCUUUAUGCACAACGGAGUCAUUUCCAACUUUUCCAGUAUCCGUCGAGACAUGACGGACGAAUUUUCCUUUGACGCCUACUGCAAUGUGCUGGGUAGCACCGACUCGGAACACGCCGCUGCCAUGUACAUGACAUUUCUGACCGACGGCGGAGACAAGCAGAGCUGGGAGAAAUCGUACCCGCUCGAGAAGAUGCUCGAGGCCAUGAAGAAAACAGUAGUCCGUAUUCUCAAGCUACAGCACGCCAAACUCGGGGAUGCGAACACGCCUAACUCUCUCAACUUUUGCACCACAGACGGCAAGAGAAUGCUCGCCAUCCGCUUCCGGAACCACGCUACACAGCAGCCGCCUAGUCUCUAUUGGUCUGAAUUUGCCGGUCGCACUCUAAACACAAAGUACCCGGGUAACCCAGAUAGCAAAGAGAUAGAGAAUCUCGAGGCGUCGCUCGAGGUUGAGCGAAUGGGCAAGCAUACCAUUAUUGCUAGUGAGCCUACCACGUACGACGAGAAUGAGUGGCACUUGAUCAAUGCCAAUUGUGCCCUGACGGUGGAUGAGGAUGGUAUCGAGCGCGAAGUCAAGAUUGACUAUGACCCUUCGUUGAAUGCGCGGGAUCCAAAGUAUGAUGGUCAUGCGUAAUGUGUACCAGAGUGAGCUAGAGAGAGAGAGGGGGGGAGGGAGAGUGAGGUUGCAAUGAAGCUGGCCAUCAUUUCAAAUGAAAAUUACCUAUGCACAUUGCAGACCUUAUUCAAGCGAAGUGUUUUGCCUACCUGAAUAGAUAUUCAAAUGCUAGUAAAUUCAAAAAAAAUAUCGAACCAGGAUGUACAGAAGUCGGAGAAGCUUUUCAACAAAAGCAAUACUGCAACAUGGAACGACAGAGCUGAAAGGGUUUAAAUAGGGUAUUCGUACCAUCAACUCAUGUGAAUAGAGAAAAGAUAGACUUUGAGUAUCGACAUGAGUAGCUAGUUAGCCAGGUC